AUGAAUCAUACAGAGGCUAAUCAAUCCGGUCACUUCCUGCCGCUUUCCUGUCCAGAGAGAUCUGUAUCUACUGUUUAUGUGUUGCUGUAUGUGUCUGCAGCUGCUGUAGUUCUGCUAACGGUGUUUGGAAACCUCCUUGUUAUAAUCUCUGUUUGUCACUUCAAGCAGCUCCACACACCGACUAACAUGCUCAUCCUCUCUCUGGCUGUGUCAGACUUUCUGGUUGGAGCUCUUGUGAUGCCAACAGCAUUAAUAUGGAUCACUGAAUCAUGCUGGAUCUUUAACAGAAUAUUUUGUAUAUGUUAUGUAAUAACCACUUAUUUUCUCACAGGCACAUCUAUACAUAACGUUGCUCUGAUCGCAGCUGAUCGAUAUUUUGCUCUCUCUAAUCCAUUUCUCUAUGCUAGAGCGGUCUCUGUGAACACAAUAUGCUUGGUGGUUUUAUGUGACUGGUGUAUAUUGUUCUCUUAUAAUCUAGCACUUCAUCAUUUCGACAGUAACUUCAAAAGUGCAGUAAAGUGUCCUGAAGACUUUGUUGCCUUGGAUGAGGUUUGGUCUUUGGUUGAUCUUCUGCUUAUUUUCGUUUUUCCAUGUUCUGUUAUAAUCAUAUUGUAUGUCCUAGUUUUUGUUAUUGCAAAGAAACAUGCCACCGCUAUCAGAGACCUUAAUGUCCAUACCACGGUUCAGACACCAAAGAAUGAUAUCGCAAUGAAAUCAGAAAGAAAAGCAGCUAAAGUACUUGGAAUUGUUGUGUCUGUGUUUCUGGCUUGUUUGUUUCCAUAUUUUAUUUACAGUUUAUUAGGCAAAGCCAUUGAAAUUGAAGCAGAAUCAUUUCAGAAAGUGCUGAUCCUUGUUUAUUUGAAUUCCACCAUUAAUCCAGUUAUUUAUGCUUUGUUUUAUCCGUGGUUUAGGAAGUGUGUUAAACUCACUUUGACUCUUCAAAUAUUCAACACAGAUUCCGCACUGAUGAAUGUUCUUUAA